AUGGCCACAUCAUCACACCGCCCACCCUUCCCCCUCUCCUCCCUCCCCGUUCUUCCCCUCCUCCUCACCCUCCUCCUCCUCCUCACCUCCCCCCUCCCAACUUCCGCCAUCAAAUUCUCCCUGCCCGCCUCCCGCUCCCACGUCCCCGGCAAAUGCAUCUGGAACACCGCGCACCCCAACGCGCUCGUCAUCGUGACCGCGAACGUCGGGCCCGGCGCGGGCCAGCGCGUAGACGUCGAGAUCGUGGACAGCAGUCCGGAGAAGAACAUUUAUCUGAGUAAGAGGGGGAUUAAUGGCGAGACCAGAUUAGCGGUUACGGCGCAUGCGGAAGGAGAGGUGGGCGUGUGUUUUAAGAAUGUUGUGGAGGGGAAUGUGGACCCGAAGGGAAAGGCGAGGAUCAUAGACCUCGACGUCGAUAUUGGCGCAGACGCUGUCGACUACAAUGCGAUCGCGAACCAGGAAUCGCUCUCCGCUCUCGAGACAGAGAUGCGCAAGCUGGAAGGAAUAGUGAAAGAGAUCGUCGACGAGCUCGGAUACCUCAAGAAACGCGAGGAGCGCUUCCAGUCUACUAAUAUGUCCACAAACACCCGCGUCCAAAACUUCGCCUGGUUCACGCUCCUCUCCCUCCUCGGUCUCGGCGCCUGGCAGAUCCUCCAUCUCAGGGCGUUUUUCAAGAGGAAGUAUCUUAUUGAUUAG